UUGCAAAGCCCUUUCCAUGUAUUAUCUCUAUUUUAUCUCAUAACAAUGGUAUUCUCUCCAUUUUAUAUGUGAAGAAAUUGAGGCUCAGAGAAAUUAAAUGAUUUGACCACAGCCAGGAGAGAAAAUCAGUUCCUUUCUUUCUUUCAAAAUUAAUAGAUUUUCCAUUACGCCAGUCUAGAGAAACAUCAUAAAUACUAAGGGUGUGGUCCAUGCCUCAUGCCAGGUCAUGUCUGUCUCAGAAAUGGGGAUAGCAGGGCUGGUAAUUAAAGACACAGAAUGAAAAUUCUAUCCUGGAUUUUAAAUUUCAGCUUGAGACCAGAGUCAAGCUGGUCACAUCCACUGAUUUGGAAAGAAAGGGUUUAACAAAGUGGGAAAUCUGGGUUAAAAACAUUGUUAAUGUUAACAACUCUAGGAUUGUGUAGAGACGAGUUUAAAUAUACAUGUGUGGAUUUUUGUAUGUGUGCAUGUCUUUUCUCCAUCUCUAGUCCAAUGAGGCAGCUAAGUGGUGCAGUGGACACAGCAGGGCUUAACCGCAGGAACACUAAGUUCAAAUACAGUUUCAGAUCUUUACAAGCUAUGGGAUCUUAAGUUCUCGCCUUAUAUCGCUCCUCCUUUUUGUUGCUAAACUUCUUGAACUUCACAAUACUCUCCUUUAUGCUGCACUAUUUCUCACUGGAGAGUAUUAAAUAGCAUCUAUCUCAAAGAGUUACAACGAUCAAAUGAAAUACGCGGCAAAUUCUCUGUAAACCUUAAAAAACACUAUGUAAAUGUUGUUAUUAUUAAUAAUGUAGUGACAGUGGACUUUAGAAACCUGAAAUCCAUAAUAGGGGUAAGAGACAUCAGACAGGGGCAGAUAAAAGAAAGAUACAAGGGAAAAAAUGGAAAUAGGACAAAAUGGAAGGUCUGGGACAAUCUUGGAUGAAAAGCUAUGCAGCAGCCCAAGAGCUUCAAUCUGGCCUAAACAACAGAACAAUUCCCCUCCUCAACCGCCAGGGGACGUUGCCCCACAGCUGUGUCCCGCCUCACCCCGCCCCUUUACUUUCAUUUCCUUCCUACAUGCCUCCAAAUGGGGGCGGUCUCUAGACAUUCCCCACGCUACGCCUGCGCGAAGAGGAGUCUCAGUCGCCAGGUCCCUCGAAAUUGAGGGCGGAGGUAGCUGGGGAGGGGGGUGGUGGUCGAAAAGUCCGGCCCUAGGCGAAAAUCGGCUUGACGCGCACCUCGCGUGGCGGCCAUCUUUAGCCCCCGGUAAAAGCAGUCAGCUGAGUAAGGUCUAGGGGGCGAAGACGAAUCGCUGCGCAAGCGCACCCAGGAAACUUGCAGGUAGCUUUCCAUCUGACUAGCGAGCGAGGCGGUGCCCCCGCCGUCGCCGUCGCCGUCGUCUCAGUCGCCGGAAGUUUGGGGUUUCCGCGCCUCAGAGUAGCCGCAGCCGGAGAAGCAGUAGCUGCUGCCGCCGCCGCCGUCGCCCCCGGGGCUGCUCGCGGUACCCGGAUGUGAGGUGACUAGCCGGCUCCCGUUGGAAGCUCGGCCGAGAAUGAAGAAGAUACUUCAUAUUUUGCUGGGCUUUCUUCGUGGAGCUUCCUUUCAAAUAAUUAUAAAAAAAUUGGCUAUCCAAUUUUUAAAAAGUGAUCUCAAGUGUUAUUGUGAGGUAAAAUGUAAUGUGUCAAGAGCAAGUUUAUAAGGAAUGCUUUUUGUCAUAUUUUCAGAAGUUAAGGUGGCUGAAGUUACGUCCUUUAGGGAGAAACUAAAUGGCAGCACAGAAAAGGAAAUCUACACUAGUAGAACAUUCUGCUAAACGGAGGAAACUAGAUAACAGCAAACUGACAAACUCAGCAAACAGAGAAAGAAACUUUGAAACACAACAUGUAUCAAAUAAAUCAAAGUCAAAUAACUGUAAAAUACAGAAGAAAAAAUCUCCCAAAACCUUUGUCAAAGCUGACAGGUCAGUGACCAAUAAAACCACCAAUAAUUUUGCUAGGUCAUCUUAUCAAACUAAGUUAAUUGAAAAGUCACAAUCUGAGCCUGAAUUAAAUAGAACCAACCAUAAAUCUUUGUCAUUAACAAAAUCGGCACUAAAAUCUCCAAAUAGGAUAAAUUCACCUCAGACUACCCCCAAAUCAACCAAAAUAAAACAUAAGAAUCCUUCAGAGUCCAAUCAUACCAUUUCUAGUAAUGCCCCAGGAAAGACAGAGAAAUCUAAUUUGAAUGAAACUAAAAUUUAUUUUGAAAAUGAAUGUCAACGUCAGUUGAAAACAGAUUUUAAGAACAGUUCUGGAAUUGAGAACACCAAAAAUACUAGGCAUUCAGUAUUAGAUUCUACACGGACAAAAAAAACUAUUCAAAAGGGCCCUGAAUCAGAAAUGAAAUCUACAAAGGGAAAAUCAAAAGAAAACAAUUCUGCUGCAUCAACUAAAAUAGUAAAAAAUAACAAUAAAAAAGGACAAGGAGUUAAAAAUUCUCAGAGGAAUCUAACAAAAUCAGCUUGCAAAGAAUUAGAAAAGCCAUUGAAUAAAUCUUCCAGUGGCUAUAAAACAAAUGAAUAUGAAUUAGGAACACACAUGGCCACCAGGUCAACAAAGGCUUUCUUUAAUGAGAAAAAGUCUAGUAACUGCAUUCACAAAACUGAGGUGAAGAAACAUUCACAAGAACCAAGACAAAAUAGGAAACCUCAGAAAAAAUCAGUUAAAGAAACUCCUAAAUCAAAAUGUGGCAAUCAGUUGAAUGAACAGCUUAAUCGGAGAUCACAAAGAUUACAACAGUUGGCUGAUGUUUCAACAAAGUCCUUGCGUAACAGAGAAAUUAAAAGUCAAAUUCUUGAAGUAAAGCAAAGUAUAUCAACUAAUAGAGCAGAGUCCUGUAACAAAGUGAAAACUAAGCUUAAUAAGAUUAAAGUUACACAGAAAAAUUUGAAACGAAAACUCAAAAGCUCAGGCUCUAAAGAUGAAAGCACAGCAAGUGAAGUAUCAAAUUCACCAGAAAGAAAGAAAAGUAAGGUAAAUAAUAAAUUAGAUGGUGCCUGUGAUCCUCAGUGCAAACAAGGAUCUCAAAAAGAUCAUCAGCAUGAAAUUAAAAAAGAAGGAAAAAACUCAGUGCCUGUCAUUUCUUCCCGAGACAAAAAAGCAAAAGUGACCACUUUGCUGAUUUCAAAACGGAAUGAAGAAAUUACCAAGAAGGAGCUAGUUCAUCCAAAAUUGAAAAGUAGAACAAAAUCAAAAAAUUGUCAACCAACAGUACCUGAAGGAAACACGGAUAAACCUUCAGAGGAAGUUGUAAAGACAAAACGUUUUAGCAUCCUUGAACUGUGUGAAGAAAUUGCAGGUGAAAUUGAGUCAGAUACAGUUGAGGUGAAGAGGGAAUCUUCAUUAAUUGAAGAUGGAAAAGAGGAUGAGAAACCAACAAAGGUGGAGCUGACUGAAAUUGAAACACAAAUGAUUGCUCAGAAGGAACCAAGUGAAAAUGUUCAGUGCAAACGUUUCUUCCCCAGUAGAAAAGCCAAUCCUGUAAAAUGUGUAUUAAAUGGUUUAAACAGAUUAGCUAGUAAGAAAUCCAAAUGGACCAAAAUUAAACUAGGGAAAGCCAACCACUUAUGUCAGAAUAGUUUAGGUUCUCCAGUUGCUCCUAAAUUGGAUCUAUUAAAAACUAAACCUAAACUUCCACAAACCUCAGUUCAUCUGAUAGCUUCAGAAAUGCGUCUUCCAAAAAGUCAAAGCCAGUCAUUAAUACCGAAACCAUGUGAUGACAAAGAUUUAGCUUACCAGGAGGAAAAACAAAAAGAGAUUUAUUUUCAAGAAGUCAAAAGUAAUGGUAAAACAACUGAAAAGAGCAGAAUUACAGAAAGGACUAUUGAAAAUGGUCAGUUGGAUAAUCAAAUUAAACUUCACAAACCAGUGGAUAAUCAGAUGAAACAUUCUCUUGAACCAACACUUGAUGAGAGUUUCAGCUUAUAUUUGGAAUCUAGUCCAGAAAACACUCCAAUGAAAAGUGCUGCAAUAGUGCCACCUCUUCUUAAUCAAACCAAAAAUGAUGCAGCAGAAAAUAAAUCUCCAGAUAUAACUCCUAAGCAGCUGAUAAACACUUUUAAUAACCAAAUAUCUAAGACCAGUGAUAACAGGGGGAGUUUGCCAAACCAUUCAUCAUCAACAAAUUGCAAUUCACCUUUGGAAAUAAAGAUUUCAAAAGAUUUAAAACUAAAAGAAGCAGAGAAAGAUGGUGAUAAGCAGUUGAUCAUAGAUGCAGGACAAAAAAGAUUUGGAGCCAUUUCCUGUAAUAUUUGUGGAAUGCUUUACACAGCUUCAAAUCCAGAAGAUGAGACACAACAUUUGCUAUUCCACAACCAGUUUAUUAGUGCUGUAAAAUAUGUGGGAUGGAAAAAGGAAAGACUUUUAGCUGAAUACCCUGAUGGAAAGAUAAUAAUGGUUCUUCCUGAAGACCCAAAGUAUGCACUUAAAAAGGUUGAAGAAAUUAGAGAGAUGGUAGACAAUGACUUGGGAUUCCAACAAGCUCCACUCAUGUGCUCUUCUAGAAUUAAGACUCUUCUCUUUAUUUCUAAUGAUAAAAAAGUUGUUGGAUGUUUAAUUGCAGAACAUAUCCAGUGGGGUUAUAGAGUUAUAGAAGAUAAAGUCCCAGAUGUCAAUUCAGAAAAAGAGAAAGUUAUAUUUGAACGGCAAAAAGCCUGGUGCUGCUCAACCUCUCCUGAACCAGCUGUUUGUGGGAUAAGUCGCAUCUGGGUAUUCAGCAUGAUGCGUCGAAGAAAAAUAGCUUCUCGAAUGAUUGAAUGUCUAAGGAGCAACUUUAUAUAUGGCUCAUAUUUGAGCAAAGAAGAAAUUGCUUUUUCAGAUCCUACACCUGAUGGGAAGCUCUUUGCAACACAGUACUGUGGCACUGGCCAGUUUCUGGUAUAUAAUUUUAUUAAUGGACAAAAGAACUCUUAAUAGAAUCUUGUUUAUGUUGAUUUGACUACAUCUGCUGGAUAUUUGGAUUGGUUGCUGUCUUUAACCAGGAACUAGGGCCAUUUUUAUUACAAUGAACUCAGGACUGGUAACAACCAAAUGGUUGUUCCAUUUUAAUAAAAUUGGAAACAAUGCAGUAAUAGCUUAAUUUUUUGUUUGUUUUUUUUAAAAGAAGAUAUUUUGUUAUCUUUUACAGAAGUUUAUGAUUGUAUUUUAUCUAUAGUUAUUUAGUCAUGUUUACAUGCAGCAGAUAAUUAAUUGUUCAUAGUGGACUGUAAACUAAUGCAAGGACUAUGGUCUCAGUGAUAAGUAUAUAUAUUGAAGUUCCUAAUAUGGUAAUAUAUCAGUGCUGCUUAGUACUGUAUCUUUUUAUACUGAACUGCUGAUCCUAGUUUUGUUUUUUUAAAUAUAAAAGUUUAAAGAUUGUAUUUUAAUGGAACUGAAAUGCUUCUGGGAGAUAAUUAAAGGAGGGACAACACUAUGUUUUUUAGAAAACAGUGGCUAAGUUAAAAACUCCAGGAUGUUUGUAUGUACUUGCCCUCAUUUGCACUUGCACUGAGGAAAUAAGUAUGUGAAAUAUUAAGACUUUUUUUUCCUUGAUAGGCAAGAAAAGUGAAGUAGGACUUAGUCAAAAGAGGAUUGGGUCUUUCCCUUUGGAAAAUUUCCUGUAACUUGAGUUGAAUGGGGAAAAAUAACCUGUAGGAGCAGACUAUCAUACAUCUUGCUCCCACUUGUUAUGAAAUGCUUUUUCUGCAUAUUCUACAAGAAGACGAUAGCCCAGUUAUGUCAAGUUUACCAAAUUCCCAAAAAAGAGUUUUACAAUUUAUUGAUAAGAUUGAAGCUAAAUAAGAAUGGUCCUGGUAUCUGCUUUAUUUUUCCUCUGAAAUACUGCACUGGAUGUAUGCCUUUAUUACUGGACUUCACUUUUAUACUUGUCUGUAUAAUGCCCUCUACUUUUAAAGGGUUUAUAUGUUGAAAAACUGCUGUGGCCUUUCUUGAUCUGUAUAUAAUGUAGAAUAAAAGAAUAAAUAACUUGAUAGACUUUUCUAAACGA